UGGGACUACUGCGUGUCCAAUAAUUUCUACGGUGAACCUGCUUAUCAACACGGGUUGUCUGAAGGGUAUUGAAGAUAACAGAGCUGGGGUUUAGACUUUUGUGUCUAAAAGAAAACACGUUAUUUUCAGAUUGUAAUUUUGUGUCAUUUUAUUUUUGGAGAAAAUGGUGUCUCACUCGCUGACGGUGCCAAUGAUAAUUUUCACGACUCUGUGGGGGCUGGUUGGCAUUGCAGCGCCCUGGUUCGUGCCGAAGGGGCCCAAUCGAGGUGUUGUCAUCACAAUGUUGAUAACAACUGCUGUGUGCUGCUAUCUCUUCUGGCUGGUGGCGAUCUUGGCCCAGGCAAACCCUCUAUUCGGACCCCAGCUGAAGAAUGAGACAAUCUGGUACCUGAGGUAUUACUGGGAGUGAGUCCCUGAAGAGUUGCGGAUUCCCCUCUUUGUCAGUGCUCUCCAUUCCAUUCACCCGGGAUCAUGCUUUUAUUUCAACGUCCUUCUUGACCAACAAGCCUGGAACAGUGCAGGAAAAGAAUCAAACAGUGGUUUUAUUAACAUGAAAAAUGUAAAGAUGGAUAUUUUAGAUUUUAUGACAUUCCUGGAGUUCUUACUUUCCAUAGCGAUUCCUUGCAAUCCACUUGUAGCGAGUGAAACGUGAAAUCGAUUUAAGCGUGCACAUUUUAUUUUAUUUAUUGAUGUAUUUAUUUAUUUUAGGGCAGCUUGCCUGUCUUGAAUAUUUUACAACAUGUGUUUUUCUUUGACCAAGGAUUCUUGUACACAUUGCCCCAGAUCGAAUGGUUUGUGUUUUAUUUAUUUCAUGCUUUUCAUGUUUGUGUUGUGUUAUGCGAGCAUUGCUAGUAAAAGCAUUACUUGUUUUAGUAGUGUUCCAGGCAGAUGAUGUGAUGUGGGUUAGAGGAAACUGAACCAAUAGAUUGUGUUUCUCACUUCUGUUCUAGGCCGCACUGCCUUCAAGUCCCAUUGUUCAAACCACAGGGCCACCAUACUUUAGGAAAUGACAAUACGUUCUUACCCUUGGACCUGUGCUUUUUGUUUUGUGCACGUUUUUAGUUCUGGAGGCAGAGUGGCUUUGUGGUUUAAGAACAUGAUUAAGACACAGGACCGUUGAACCAUGAAUGAGAGAGCGAGCCACAGUAACAUCUCAUACCUCUGCCCCAACCCAGAUAAAAUACAACCGCAAAUCUCUGCUGCACUGUUCUGAGGAAAGGAUUUCUUUAAAAAAAAAAACACAUCAAUGGCUUGGAGGCAGUGGGGACUAAGUUUAGGUUUUAUAGCAAGUCUGCCUUCCAUGUUUGAACACAGUGAAGUAGCUGGUUUUGUUUUACAAUGAAAUGUGCAAAAAUGAUAGAUGUGAAAUAAAGAUAUGAAAAAACA